UCGCGGGCAAGGAUUAGGAUGCAGAGAGGAAAGGCAGGGGACAGACGCCCCUCGCAGCGGGAUUCAGCCGCCGGAGCCUCCUCGGGGCGUUGUGCGAGCGCUCUCACACGAGCAGCCGGGCUCUGAAACUUUCACUGCACAUCUGCGCAUCCCUGCCUGCGCUCGGCAGCCAGCCAAGCGCCGAAUUCCUGCGAGCCCGUGCAGCUCCCACACGUCCAGAGCGCCGGGACCCAGCGGGAGCCGGCUCGCCGGGAGCCGCGGCGGAGCCCCGAGCGCUGGAUGAGGCUGCCACGGCGGCGGCGAUGUGAAUGGCUCUGCGGGCUGGCCACAGCGGCCGAGCACGGGGGUGCCACAGCAGCCUGGACACGCUGGGGCAGCGGCGAGCCCGCGGCGAGCAGCGCUGCGGCUCCCAGUGACCCACGGCACACGCAGCUGGCAGGAGCAGCAGGGCCCCAUGGCAAGGUGCAGCCCAGCCCGGCUCAGCUCUGGAUGAAAUAAGGACCUUGCUGGGGGAGCAGUUCUUCGUGCAGUGCACUCACAGGUCAUAACGUAAUGCCCAUGCUGUUCUACACUCUGACUGUAGCUUUUUUGAUCGGCACACAGGCAGCUCCCAAGUCAGAGGACAAUGCUCCACUGGAGUUUCCUGCAGAACACUCCCUGCUCAGCACCCGGAGCGACGGACACCCCAUUGCCCAGGAGGCUCCGCAGACACCCCACGGCCACGCCACGUGGAGCCUCGGCAGGAGAGAAGCUCUAAACAUCACCGUGGACCCCAAAAUCUUCCGCAAGCGGCGUUUCCGGUCUCCCCGGGUGCUGUUCAGCACGGAGCCCCCGCCGGUGGCGGGGCAGGGCCGGAAUUUGGGAUUUCUCAGCGGGGCGGGGGCUCUCAACAGGACUGCCCGGAGCAGGAGGAGCACACACCCCGUGCUGCACCGCGGGGAGUUCUCGGUGUGCGACAGCGUCAGCAUGUGGGUCGGGGACAAAACCACGGCCACCGACAUCAAGGGCAAGGAGGUGACGGUGCUGGGCGAGGUCAACAUCAACAACAACGUCUUCAAGCAGUACUUUUUCGAGACCAAGUGCAGGGACCCCAAGCCGGUGUCGGGCGGGUGCCGCGGCAUCGACGCCAAGCACUGGAACUCGUACUGCACCACCACCCACACGUUCGUCAAGGCCCUGACCAUGGAGGGCAAGCAGGCGGCCUGGAGGUUCAUCCGCAUCGACACCGCCUGCGUCUGCGUGCUCAGCAGGAAGGCGGCCAGGCCCUGAGCCCGCGCCCUCCGACCCCCCUACCUCAGCCUGUAAAUUAUUUUAAGUUAUAAAGGACUGCAUGGUAUAUUUAUAGUUUAUACAGUACAGAAAGAACCUCAUUAUUUAUUAAACUCUUUUGGAAA